GAAAUAUGAAAUUAGAAAAUGCACCUGUUUACGGCAUAAGUGUGCUGCGGGACGUCAUCAGUGAGCGCGCUGGUUUCGGAGAGGAGGUGGCGGAUGCCUCUUCGAAACAACAGCAAACUGUACUUACGACUCGGUUCUCCUUUAAUUACUGCUGAAAAGCAGCUGUUGGGAUGCCAAAGAAGUUCCAGGGUGAGAACUCCAAGGCGGCCACGGCCAGAGCCCGUAAAGCUGAGGCCAAGGCGGUGGCAGACGCCCGCAGGAAGCAGGAAGAGGAAGAUGCUCUCUGGCAGGAAACUGACAAACACGUACUCAGAAAAGAGCAAAGGAAGGAUGGCAAGGAGAAAAAGAGGAUGGAACUUCUUGAGAGGAAAAAGGAAAACCAGCGACUUCUCGAUGAGGAAAGUUCUAAGCUGAAAGGCAAAUCCCAGAAAGAGGCUGGAUCUGGUGGAAAAGUGACUCGUGCGCAGAUUGAAGAGACGCUUCGCAAUGAGCAGCAGCAGCAAGAGGAGCAGCAGCUCAAACCGAAAGAAAAAAGCCACCUGGACACUCCACUGGAGGAGAAUGUGAACAGAGUUAUCCCUGAAGAAGGAACCGUGGAAGCCAGAACAAUAGAAGAUGCCAUCGCUGUUCUCAGCAUGGGGCCUGAGGACAUGGACCGCCACCCUGAGCGGAGGAUGAAAGCAGCGUUUGCCGCCUAUGAGGAAGCAAACAUGCCUCGUCUAAAACAGGAGAACCCCAACAUGAGAUUGUCGCAACUGAAACAACAAUUGAAGAAGGAGUGGACAAAAGCACCAGAAAACCCCCUCAACCAGCGCUUUGUCACCUACAACUCAAAGUGAAAUCACUUUUUCGCUCAAUAAUUAAAACUGUCUGCCUAUGCACACUGGGGACUUUCAUUGAAAAUCAAAUCAUUUCAUUGAAAAAUAAAAUCAUUUUGACUGACGAGAGCUUCACCAUUAUCCGCCCAGAAACAGUCUCGCCAGUGUCAGAGGACUGACCUGCUGUUCCAUUCACUAACAAGGAGAGACUCAUUGUCACCCAUCUAGUAACAAUUGAUCAUCAAGUUUGUGCAUGUGGCCUCUAAUGAGGCAUCUCAGCAUCUAAUAAAUUUAAUUGCAUCUUU